AUGGCUUUUUCUCUUCUCCAAUUCAUCCUUUCUGCUCAUGGAUCUAUGGAGACUAGAAACCAGGACUUUCAGCCUUGGAAAGACUACAUGGGUUUGGCGGACAUGAUCAGAGGCAUGAAGCGGCAAGAAAUGCAAUCUGAGGCGGACUCAGGCGAGCAGGCUGCCGCGCUGCUGGAGUCUCCAAGCGGCCAAAUUCGGUCGCGCGCUACACCGGAGGAAAACACGAGCCCGGGGGCCGGUAAAUCCAGGAGCAGCACCCCGGAGAGAAAGUUCUGCAGCUUCUGCAAACACAACGGCGAGACUGAGGCCGUGUACACCUCUCACUACUUAAAAAACCGCGAUGGAGACGUGAUGUGCCCGUAUCUCCGCCAGUACAAAUGUCCCUUGUGCGGGGCCACCGGGGCCAAAGCGCACACCAAGAGAUUCUGCCCGAUGGUGGACAAAAACUACUGCUCGGUGUACGCCAAAUCAACGUGGUGA